AUGGCGGAGAAGGAAGCGACCGUGUACAUUGUUGACGUCGGCAAAUCCAUGGGGGAGCGCCACCAUGGCCGCCUCGUCACGGACCUUGAGUGGGCGAUGCAGUAUGUGUGGGACAAGAUCACCACUACAGUUGCAACGGGUCGAAAAACAGCUACCAUUGGUGUGGUUGCCCUACGCUCAGAUGACACGUCAAAUGAGCUGGCGGGUGAUCCCAGCUUCUCCAAUAUCUCCGUGAUCCAAGGGAUUGGGCAGGUUCUCAUGCCUGAUAUUCGGAAGCUGCGAGCUUGCAUCAAGCCCAGUCGAACUGACAAAGGCGACGCCAUCUCAUCAGUCAUCCUUGCUAUCCAGAUGAUCAGCGCAUACUGCAAGAAACUCAAAUACAAGCGCAAGAUCGUACUCAUCACUAAUGGCACGGGUUUCAUGAACAAUGAGGGCAUUGAUGACAUUCAAAAAAAGAUUCAGCAAGACGGAAUUGAUUUUGCUGUCAUCGGGGCGGAUUUCGACGAUCCAGAGUUUGGUAUCAAGGAGGAGGAUAAAGAUAUUCAUAAGGCCCAAAAUGAGGCCCUUCUCAGGGAAUUCGCCAAGGGCGUCGAUGGCCUCUACGGAACAUUGGGGGAGGCCAUCGCAGAAAUGGAUAUCCCGCGCGUCAAAAUCACGAAAAGCCUGCCAUCUUUCAAAGGUUUUCUCCAACUUGGCGAUGCUACAAAAUACGAAACUGCGUUGCGCAUACCUGUUGAACGCUACUUUCGAACCUAUGUUGCCAAACCCCCAUCGGCAAGUUCCUUCGUCAUUCGGUCGACCGCACAGGGCGAAGAUGAAGAUGUUUCUGCUGCAAGCCAAGCACCAGGAGAUGAAUCCCUUACGACGGUGCGGACAUCGCGAACAUAUCAAAUCACAGACAAGUCCGCGCCGGGUGGUAAAAUCGAUGUCGAGCGAGACGACCUUGCAAAAGGCUACGAAUACGGACGCACAGCCGUCCACAUCAGCCAGACUGAUGAAAAUAUCACAAAUUUGGAGACUUUUGCUGGUAUGGAUCUCAUUGGAUUCGUCCAAAGCGACAAGUUUGAUCGAUAUCUCCCCAUGUCCAACAGUAACAUCAUAAUUCCACAGCGAGGAAAUGACAAGGCCUCGCUUGCAUUAUCUUCCUUCAUUCAUGCUCUGUUUGAGCUCGAAUCCUACGCUAUCGCUCGAUUAGUAACCAAAGAGACCAAGCCGCCAUUGAUUGUCUUACUCGCGCCGUCCAUCGAGCCUGAAUACGAAUGUCUCAUUGAACUGCAGCUGCCGUUUGCGGAGGAUGUAAGAUCCUACCGAUUCCCACCACUAGAUAAAGUGGUCACUGUCUCGGGAAAGAUUGUCACCGAACACCGCAACCUUCCCAGCGACGACUUGCAAGAAGCGAUGAGCAAAUACGUGGACAGUAUGGAGUUGGACCUGAAGGAUGAUGACGGUGACAUUAUCCCCGGUCUACCUAUUGAAGAGGCUUUCUCCCCAUUACUGCAUCGAAUCGACACCGCGAUACGUUAUCGCGCCGUCCAUCCUAAUGGCCCCAUCCUCGAGCCCUCAGAACGCUUGGCCAAAUUCGCCAAUCCACCCGAAGAUCUCGUCAAGAAAUCAACCCCAUACCUCGAGAAGCUGAUCUCAGCAGCAGACGUCAAAAAGGUCCCACCCAAGAAAAAGGGUAGUAAACGCCAACGCGAGACCGAAAAGCCCCUCUCCGGCCUGGACGUUGAUGCUCUACUCCUGCAAGAACCUAAACGCUCCAAGAUCUCCGCCGAAAAUGCCGUUCCGGAGUUCAAGCAGAUGCUUUCACGCGCCGAGAGCGUCGACACAAUCCACGAUGCUGUGAAGCAGAUGGCUGCUGUUAUCGAGGCCCAGGUCAAGCAUAGUCUCGGCGAUGCUAACUACGAUCGUGUUAUUGAAGGCCUUGGAACCAUGCGCGAGGAACUAGUUGAUUAUGAAGAGCCGGCACUCUAUAAUGAGUUCCUGCGCGUACUGAAGAGAAAGAUUCUGGGUGAAGAAUUGGGUGGGGAUCGACGCGAGCUGUGGUGGCUUGUGAGGAAGAGUAAAUUGGGACUUAUUGACCGAGUUGCUUCUGAGCUGUCAGAUGUUACCGAGGAGGAGGCCAAGGAGUUCCUCUCGGCUACUUGA